AUGUAAACUGUAAAAGAAACAGUUUAAGCUAUAUGUAACAUCUUAUAAGCAUUUGGUAUCAAUAAUAUCGAUCCAAAUGUUUUUAGAUAAGCAAAACAUAAUCUAUCAGAAGCAGUAAUAUAAUAUUAAUCUUAUUAUUGAUAGAUCAAACCAAUUUCAAGCAUAAUGCAUAAUUUACUUAUAUUAGAUUUAUUUGAUUUUGAAUUUAAAUUAAAUGAGAUUACUAAUACACAUGCAGAUCCUGAUGGAUUGGAGAUUAUCUUACUUGCAUUAAGAAAUUCACCUUUUAUUAUCUAUAAAAAUGGGAAGCCAGGAAUGGAUUACUCAUCAAGUCGAGAUUUGCUCUUAGUUGUUGGACAAAUAUUGGCUGAAUCAGAUAUUUUUGAGAAAUAUAAAAAGUUAAUUGAAAAGAAAGUGGCUAAUUUAAAAAUAAAGUUAAUAAAUAAGCCCAAAGAAUAAGAAGGUGAGAUUCCAGCACUUAAGUUUAUAAGUGAAGGUAGUUAAGUGAAGGAUUUUGAAAAUCUAAAUAGAAUAAUUAGACAUUAAUUCAAAUAACUUUCUUGUCUAUUAAAAAGAAAAGAAGCCCAAUAAAUCCAGGUAUAAUGAAUAUAAGAUAAAAACAGAUUGAUAAAAUAGUAUAAUAAAUGAAUUUAAAGGAUUUUACAGUGGAUCAAUUGCUUAGUCUGUCGGAUCCAGAUUAAUUAAAUGAAAUUACAGCAAAUUUAAAGGAGAUAAUCUAAUUUUUAGAAUUUGAAACUUCAAUGCAUAGACAUUAAGAAAUAUUUUGGGCAUGGUUGGUAAGAAGUUAUGGUAUUUAGGAAAGUACAGUUGAUGAAGAUAAAAAAGAUGUCAGAGAUCAUGCUGACUAUGGAUUUCCGGAUGAAACAAUAAUAUUUAGUCCAGGAUAAUAGAUGAUUAAAUUAAUUGAACAGUAAGCAUUGCUGGAUUAAUAUUAGCACUUAAAUGAAACUUCAAUAAUUAAGCGAUUAAUUUGAAUUAUUUGAAUCUAUUUCCUCUUAAUUUGAAGAUGCUUGGGAGAAAGUAUCUUAAUUGUUAAAAGAAGACCCAGGUUCAGAAUAAAAAUUAUAACAAUUAUAAUUACAAAUUCAUAAAAUAGUAGCUUAAAAUAAUAUUAAAUUAAUGUCAUUGAAAACAUUUAAAGAAUAAGUAUUUUCUGAAAAAGAUUUAUUAUAUUGUUAAGCUAAUGAUUUUAUUAAAUAUGCUAUCAAACAUAAUUUCGCUUAAUCUUCAAAUCAUAAUGAAAGUAAUGGAUUUGAAUAGAAAAUAAUUUACUAAUAAGAACAUUUUGCAUCUAGAAUUGAGCAAUUACAUUAGUAUAUUGAAGAUGAAGCUGGUAGAAUUAAGGUUCAUCUAAAAGAACUAGUGUUUUAUCCAUUAAAAUGA